UAUUGAAGAUACAUUCUUUUAGAAUCACAAUAUAUAUAUAUAUAUAUAUAUAUAUAUAGAUAGAUAGUAUACGUGUGUGUUAUAAUCAUUUUUUAAUAAAAUUAAUAAUGUCAAAGAUAUACAUUUAUCUCUAUUUAAUUUUUUUCUUAAUUCAUAAAAACGUAAUUAAUGCAAUGUGUUAUGAAGAAAAUAAUCCUACGUUCGUUACGAAGAUUUAUCUGAAAGUUUAUAAAGGAAGCAGCUUAAAUCCUAUAUUUUUUCCAUACACGCUCACAAAUCUGGAAAAUAUUAGCGAUAUCAUUUUGAUUGAUCAAGACAGUAUUCUCUAUAUACACGGAUUCUUGGAGAAUUCAGAAAUGGAAAACGUGCAAAUACCAAUUAAAUUUUAUUUAGACAAGGGAGACGUGAACGUAAUAUUACUUGAUUGGGGAAACAUAGCAUUUAAUAUUAAUUACUUUCGCGUGUCAAAUAUGAUUCCUAUGAUAGGAAAACUCGUUGCUAAAUCCUUGACAGAACUUCACAAAAUAAUUAAUUUGAAUAAAUUACAUGUGAUUGGACAUUCUUUGGGUGCUCAUAUAGCUGCUCAUAUUGGACGAUCUAUGAAAAUUAUUCUUAAUCGAAUAACAGGAUUAGAUCCAGCAUUUCCACUCUUUUAUCCUUCUGAAUGUCACUUGAGGUCAAGCGAUGCCAAAGCUGUCGUUAUCCUUCAUACUGAUGGUGGAUUUUAUGGAACGCCUUUCAAUACGGGAACUGUUGAUUUUUAUGCAAACAAGGGGAUUAGUCCUCAACCGGGUUGUCCUCCAACCAUCGGAAGAGGUAGAUUAUUUGUCGUUAAGUCAUUCUAGUGGUUCAUUGUCAUAAUAUAGAAAAUUUUAAAAACGACCAAAUACGACACUGAUAAUUGUCUGAUAAUUAUCAUUAUAAUUUAUAAAAGAUGUAUUUACGUUGUUUGCUUAUAAUAAUCAUUGUCAUCUAUUACAAGUGGCCAAGAAGAUAAAUCAUUUAAUGCAAGUAAAA